GUCGGUCCAAUACUUGACCAUAUGUCUCGGGCACUUAGCGCAAACUUGACAAAUCCGUUCUCACCGAUGCCAUCAAUUCCUCAGUGCAGAGCUGGGUUAAGGCUAGCGUGGUCCAAUAUAUAUAUAUACACGGCUCUCACUCCUCGUCCUGACUCCUGAUUGAUCAUGGAGAUAAUCUCUAAGUUCGCAGAAACCGCCAUUCCAUCCAUCCACUUGAGAACUCUUGCAGCGUUCGUGCCUAUUCUAGAGGAAAGAAAGGCAGAGAUAGAAAAGAUCCAACGCAAGACUUUUGUAUACGAUGACAAGCGCCUCACCAGAAACGAGCUUGACGUGUAUUACCCGCUGAACUCGACUCUCACUAAGAAUGGGAAGACCCCCAUCCUAGUUUUUGUCUAUGGAGGUGGAUUCAACACCGGAUCACGACAACUUCCUGAACCAUUUUCCAUGGGAUACCGCAUGCUCGGAUCUUUCUAUGCGCACCGCGGUUUCAUCACCAUCAUUCCGGACUACAGACUUGUUCCGGAGGUGAAAUUCCCGGCUGCAUCCGAGGACAUUCGUGAUGCAGUCAAUUGGAUUUUCACCAACGCCGACAUCAUUGGCAUACCCUCCAUAUCCGCGCCUGAUGUAGACGCUAUAUUUGUCAUGGGCCACUCAGCGGGCGACAUGCACACAAAAGUGUUGACCCUUUACCCACCAGUGUCGAAUACCGUGCAUCCUCGUCUCAAAGGCGUCGUCUGGUUUGGCGGCACUUGGUCCUUUGAUGAAAGAUUUCGCGUCGAAGUCGCCACACAGCAGUACUAUGGUUCUCAGGUGCAACAGAAGGAGAGGGAGCCGCGGGCCCUUUGGAAUGGUUUAUCCGAUGAGCAGAUCAAGAACUUACCUGACAUUCUCCUUGUCAGAGCAGAGCGAGAGCCUGACAUGAUACUGGAAUCGUGGGAGGGGAUGCUGCUGGAUAUCGAGAAGCGGCGCGGACAGGCGCCCCGGGCCAUCAUCUGCAAAGGUCACAAUCACAUCAGCCCUAACUGGGCUUUAUGUUCCGGUGAAGGGGAAGAGUGGGGAGAAGAGGUUGUGGAAUGGAUGAAAGCUCGACUUGCAUUGGAGUAGGGAACCCCUAGGGAGAGAGCAAGGGGAGGUUUGGCGGUGUUUGUGCCGGGUUAAGCCAAGGGAGAGGGUCAGAGUUGCCGGGAGCAGUAGAGCAGCAGUAGCUCUAAGCUACACGGCCAACUGCCGUUUUGGGUCGAACCAAGCUUGUGAGAAAAUGAUUUUAAACGCCUGGCAACGAGUUGGAUACGAGUUCGAACACAGACUUGGCCUAUAAAUAAUAAAUUUGUCGUGUAAAGCCCACAAUUCUGGUCCUUAUCGAAGGUUUUGUCUCGAUCCUGGGCAACACCUUGAUUAUUGCUAUAUUUCUGCCCAGACUGGGGCUCGGUCCAGACCUGGGAACGGACAUGUCAGGCACAUCGGAAGAAGUCAUAUAGCACAGGUCGAACAGCAGACCUGUGGCAGACCUAUGACAGAGCUUGUACCAAUAUCUGAGUGACCUACAUACUAUAUGGUCAUAC